UUUUUUUUUUUUUUAAAUAUAUAGUAGUUGGGUUCAAGUGCUGUAAAAACAAAAGGCGGAAAUUUAUACAUAGUAAACAAAUAAGCUAUUAAAUAUAUAUAACCAUGAAUACGGGUUCUUUUUUUUUUAUCAUUAUUAUUCCUUCUUCUUGUAAUGGAUACAUCAGUGUUACAUGGACAUUAUCUCCAACUGCGAAAGAUGCGAUCGGAGAGACUGGAUAAAUUACAGGAGCAUCAAAAACGAGUACGACAGCAUGAAAAUAGUUUAUUCAAGGUCAAGACCCAUUUAGCCCAAGUCAAGGUAGAAGUGAGUAAAGUCAAAGAAAAACUGACGGUGUUGGAAAAGAGUAAUGUAUGGGUGACAGCCAAGGAACACCAAACCAUUCAUCGCGUAUGUGAAAUGGUGACAAAAGAAUAUGACGAUUGGACAGAGUUGAAAGGGGAAAAGUAUCGAUUGAUACGACAGGAAGCGCAAGAUGCUAAAUUACAUGCUUCUCAUAUCAUUGGAAUUGAACGGGCCUUGAUCUGCCUUAGAAACCACAUGGUGGGUAAACAUCAGCAGAGUUUAAAGAAGAAAGGAGGACAGGAUGGUUCGAGUUACUUGUUCUUGAGGCCUUGUCAGUCACAAUCUUCUUUUAGCUCCAUUCUUUCUGCAAACUCUAAAAAUUCCACUAGUCUCGCGGGUGCCUUAUUAAAAAAAUGGUUUAAGCCUCGCAUCAUGCAUACAUCACAUUUAGAAGCAGCAACAGCAACGGGGAAGGAAACAAACCCCAUCGGACAUUUAAAAUAGACGGGCCUUAUAAAUAAAAAAAAUACCUCCCCCUCUCCUCUCUCUCUCUCUCUCUCUCUCUCUCUCUCUCUUUC